UUGCGCUUCUCGGAGCUAGCGGAGGAAUCGGACAACCGCUUGCGUUGCUGCUGAAAUUGAAUUCGAAUAUUCGAAAAUUGGCACUUUACGAUAUUAAGGGAACACCGGGCGUUGGCGCCGAUAUCUCGCAUAUCGAUUCGGUUGCUCAGGUAACUGCUCACAAUGGGCCAAACGAAUUAGGCGCAGCAUUGGAGGGUACCGAUAUUGUUGUGAUAUCAGCCGGAGUGCCACGGAAACCA